CGCCUUCUAGCUGACUGGACAAGGAAAACCCUGUGCAGCACACACCAGAAACAGAGAUCUAUAUAGAUAUAGAGCUAGCUAGCCUUGAGCUUGCACCAUCAGAUAAAAAUGAGCUACUCUAGAGCCAAAGUUGUUCACUCCAGUACCACCAGUAGCAGACCCAAGGCCAGACAACAGAGCAGGCAGUACCCAGGAAAACCCAUGCAUGCCAUGCCUCCUGCCAGUGAAGAUUCUGGGCAGUUGCAGGAGGAGGCCCCUACUGUUGGUGAACGUAGCUUGGAAAGCCGUGGAGCUCACUAUGUGCUGACUCCCCAGUCCUCGAAGAAUUCUAAGCUGAAGUCGACUGCUCAGACGGAGGUGGAAACGUAUAGACAGCACAAAAAGCAAAAAAGGGAGAGGGUGGCUGAGAUGCUGCAUGAGCAGAAACCAGAAACCCUAGGUGGGGUCAAACUAAAACAGAAUGAAUUGGGGGAGCUAAGAAGACGACAGGAAGAGCAGCAGAAAAUGGAUGCCAAAUUUGAAGCCGUAAGACAAAGGCAAAAGCGAGAGAAGUACCAACAAGAGAAGAAGCAAAGAGAAGAUGAAGAGUUUCAGAGAAUGAAGCAAGUGCAGAGAGAAAAGGGUGAGAGGCUCAAAGAGAAACAGGAAGCCCAGCAUCUAGAGAACCUAGAGGAGAUAAGAAAGAAAAGACUAGCCCGGUUUGAAAACUAAUGGAGAAAACUGUUCACUUAUAACCUGUUUCAUGCAUUACGUCUACUGUAACUAACCAAUCCUUAUGUCCUAUAUGUAGCUAUGUUGACAUCACCAUGUUUUGUAUCAAAUUUUUUGUAUUUGUGCAAAUGAAUUAUUGCAAAAACCAGA